AGACAAUCCGAACUUUAAAGCGCAGUUGUAAAAAAAAAACUUCCAGACGAAAUAAAAAUUGUCGCCCGCAUAACAUAACUGGAAUAAUAUAUAGUCAUACAGCAGCAGGACAAUUUUGUUCAACAAGGAAGUAGCUAACCGUCUCCAUUUAGUUAGCUAAAAAGCGUAUUAGACAACGUUAUUUUUGUUUGCUACAGCAGCUAACUGACGUUAAGUCAUUCGUCAUCGAAGCUGUGCAGUGCAACGACCUGCUGUGAAUUUCUAUGUAACUGUAACGUUGGAUACUUACAUGCUUAGGAACCUUAUCCUGUGGACGGAAGGAUAUCGUUUCAGCAUCUACCACUUACUCUGUCCCUCUGUUUGGCCCAAACUGCUUAUCACUGCAACGCUCAGGAAUACCCACGUCAUAACCGGGAAGCAGCUAUGCAGCUUGAAAUCCAAGUAGCACUUAACUUUCUUAUCUCCUACUUGUACAACAAACUCCCCAGACGGCGUGUGAACAUCUUCGGGGAGGAGCUCGAGAGGCAGCUGAAGAAGAAGUACGAUGGCCACUGGUACACGGAUAAGCCAUACAAGGGCUCUGGUUACAGGUGCCUCCACGUAGGGGAGAAGGUGGACCCUGUGGUGGAGCAGGCAGCCAAGGAGAGCGGCCUGGACUUGGACGACGUCCGGGAUAAUCUCCCUCAGGACCUAAGUGUGUGGAUUGACCCCUUCGAGGUUUCCUACCAGCUUGGCGAGAAGGGGCCGGUCAAGGUGCUGUAUGUGGAUGAUAACAAUGAGAACAACGGGUCCGAGUUGGACAAGGAGAUCAAGAACAGCUUCAACCCAGAGGCCCAGGUCUUCAUGCCCAUCAGUGACUCUAUCGGGACUUCCUCUGAGUCCAGCUCUCCUUCACCCCCUUUCGGGCAAUCUGCGGCCAUUAGCCCCUCGUUCAUGCCGCGCUCCACCUAUCCAAUAACCUUCACCACCGCCACCUUUGCCGCCACCAAGUUUGGUUCUACCAAGAUGAAGAUCUCCGGCCGCAACAACAACAACAAUGGUAACGGCAACAAGGUGGCCCGCACCUCCCCAACCAAUGACCUGGGGCUGAAUGUGAACACCCUAAUGAAGCAGAAAGCCGUUUCCACCUCUAUGUACUCUCUGUACGGCCUGGGCCAGCAGCAGAAUGCCUCUGCACUCUCUCCUAAUGCUAAGGAGUUUGUGUUCCCCAGCCUCCAGGGUCAGGGGAGCUCCGGUGGCGUGUUCCCCAGCCUCCAGGGUCAGGGGAGCUCCGGUGGCGUGUUCCCCAGCCUCCAGGGUCAGGGGAGCUCCGGUGGCGUGUUCCCCAGCCUCCAGGGUCAGGGGAGCUCCGGUGGCGUUUUCCCCAGCCUCCAGGGUCAGGGGAGCUCCGGUGGCGUGUUCCCCAGCGAGGGCUCUCUCAGCCUCAGCCCGCUGCAGUACAACGAUUCCUUUGACGUGUUUGCGGCCUACGGAGAUCUCAACGACAAGUCCCUCAAUGAUGGGCUGAACUUCAACCUCAGCAACAUGCAAUAUUCCAAGCAGCAAUUCCAGUCGGUCAUGGCUAACUAAACCUGACACUAGGACUUGAACAUGUUAUUUCUUAAUGACGACGGUAGCUUGAAGGGAAGCAUUAAAAAGAACUGGACUUUCAAGGAACCUCUUGAGGAGCUUUCUAUCUAGUUAGGGAAGCAGCAUGUGUCCAAGGCUGCUUUUUCUCUGCCCCAUUGAAUUUGUUUUUUUUAACUAAAAGUUUGUUGUACGAACACGUCCAAGCUUGAUUACUUAAAUUCAACAUGCAUAGUUGUUUUUUUUGUGUUUUGUUUUUUUGGUCAACCGAGCACAAAAUAUAUUUUUGUACUAUGUUUGAAAUACAAAAAAAUACUCCAUUAACAUGGAUUUAAAAAAAAAUCUUUUUUUUUCUGUCCUCUUAGUGUUUUACAUGUGUUAGGACAUGGCAGAUUUGUAUGACUUUGCACUACUAAAUGGGGUUACUUGGUCUUUUUCUACUUGUAUAAUUUAAUUUAGUACAGAGUUUAAGAUAUCAGAGUAUAUAUUGUUUCUUUGACAUGGCAGUGCAUCUAUCGUUUUACUACUCCAGUGAUGGCUGCAGCAGCUUGUCAUCGUGGUUUUUUUAUUGGUAGUAUUUUUAUUUUUAGGUAAAGAAUUGUCUUUAAAAUCCAUCACGUAUUCUAAAGAUUGCGUACAGAGUUUUCCUUCGUGGUGGAAUUUCAUGUACAACAAGAGUUGUAUUUUCUCUUAAGAGUUGGAAGAUUUUGCUAUAUUAUGUACAAAAAUGUAAAUUGUAUACAUUUUAAUUUUGUACCUACAUUGUGUAAUACUUGAUUUAAAAAAAAAAAAAAAAACGCUAUAACGAAGUAUUUUUUUUGUCCGUGUCUUAGAUGUCAAGAGGGACUGGAAUAGUUUAUUGUUUUGUAUUAAAAAUGCUUAAAUUAUGUUUCUCUUUUUACAUAUUUUUUAAAAAUAUUUGCACCCUGGUCUUUUUAAUAAAUUAAACUACAGUCAAAA